CAAUGGCAGGUUUGUCAAAUUAUCGAUGCGGUGGUUUGAAUCACGUUUGAAUUGAAAUCUAAAGCUCCGCAUUUCGUUUAAAUAGAGUUCUCAAAUCGUAAAACCAAUUUAUGGACUACAGAAUUUUGUAAUAUAUAAGUGUAAAUCGUAGAAAUAAGCGUAUUAUUACUAAAUCAUGGUUUUGGCUGAGAGGAGUAAUGAUGUUCGGAACGGGAAGCGGUCGAGGGGGCCAAGCCCGAAUGGGCAUGGAAGCCCCGAUUCAAGUUCGGAAGAUGAAAAUGUAGUGCCCUUUGCAGCCGAGAAAAUAAGAGUGGGUCGUGACUAUCAAGCUGUGUGCCCAGAGUUGGAGCCACUAGACCAGCGGAAACCAGAACAGAUGUCAGAUAGAGCUUUGCUGGUGUGGUCUCCCACAGCGGACAUAUCUGAUACCAAAUUGGAUGAGUACAUUACAACUGCAAAAGAGAAAUAUGGGUACAAUGGUGAACAAGCCUUGGGCAUGCUGUUCUGGCAUAAACAUGACCUGAGUAGGGCGUCUAUUGACUUGGCUAACUUCACACCAUUCCCUGACGAGUGGACAGUUGAAGACAAAGUGCUGUUUGAACAAGCAUUUCAAUUUCAUGGAAAGAGUUUUCAUAGGAUAAGACAGAUGUUGCCAGAUAAAUCAAUAGCUUCGUUGGUGAAAUACUACUAUUCAUGGAAGAAAACUAGAGCACGCACAUCUCUGAUGGACGCUGUGAGUGAAGGACGGAAUGCUACUGGUUCAGGCUCUGGGAAGAGAGAGUCUGGUGCUGGCUCUGAUCCAGGUGGCUCAGACAAGGAAUCUGAUAAUGAUGAAAAGGGCGAGGGCGGCGGCGAGGCGGGGAAGUGGUGCACCGUGUGCGGCAUUCAGUGCAACCAAAUCACGGCGCACAACUCGCACAAGUUGUGCCAGGCAUGCCUCGUGCACGCCAGACGCACCGGGACGAUGAGACCGCUCUGCGGGCCGUCGGGGCGACGCGGCCCCGGCUCGAAACAGCAGCGUUACAAGCACCGGUUGCCUCGUGGUAUUUACAUCAAUCACGACGAUCUGGUCGCGAUGGCCACCGGCCCACAGCCUGGCGACCCUCCGCAGGCCGGGCUUAUCAAUCAGGGUGAAGCUAUGCUCAAAGCCAUGGACAGAGAAAUUAUAUCACUGAAGCGACAAGUGCAGCAAAAUAAGCAGCAACUGAGCGCGAUGAAGCGCAAGGUAGGCGACAGCGGUGUGGAGGAAUAUAGACCGGGCGAGCCGCCGGCAAAGAUCAACUCUCGUUGGACCAAUGACGAGUUGCUGAUGGCUGUCACAGCGGUUAGGAAAUAUGGCAAGGACUUCCAAGCGAUCGCUGAGACACUGGGCACGAAGACGGAGGCCCACGUGCGCACGUUCUUCAUCUCGUACCGGCGCCGGUUCAACCUCGACGCAGUGCUCAGGGAACAUGAAGCGGACCGCGGCAGCGCGCAUCACAUACAGGCUGGAACAACAAGCACGGAAAAUGCUGAAAGCGGCACUGAGAACACAACAGCUAGUAACAAUAGCACAGGAUCUCCACAGAGUGCUAAUAAAGAUGAAAAGAUGGAGGUGGAUAGCGAGGGCGUGGCGCUGGGUGCACCUGCGGAGCAGGGCGGGCCGCCCACCACGCCACCCAAGCACAAACCCUCAAGCAAGUGAUGCGCCUCGCCCCCGGCGCAUAAUUGCGUCCUCUUUUGAUCACCACCACGCACCUGCUUUCCACGGCCUUGCAUUAUAAAGGAACCUACUUAUGCGAAGAAAGAUAAUGUGUCUUACUCAUUCUAUCGCAUAAAUACUUCCCGCAUCUGAUUGGCUCUUGGAAAGGAACGCACUUAUGCGAAAGA